GUGGUAUUUGCUACGCUCACAUCUCUCUCCAUAUCUCUCUUGACUAUCAACGGUCUGGGUAACGAAUAAAAGAGAUCGACGAGACCGGUACCCGCUUAGUAUUCGCGUGACCCACGCGAUACGUGUCGUGAGUAAGGCUUGUCUGACAAAGCGUCGAAAUAACGAGCUUUAUUUUGAAAACCAGCUUCUCAAAUAAUUAUCGUGUCCAUACACUCAACAUUCAACGUGAAGAAUAAAUUGAACUUGGCCUAUAUCUAAAGGACAUUGAAACGUCGUAGCGUCGAAACGGUAAAUCGAUCGAGAUAAUCGCACAGAUCGAGGACAUUUCGAGGACCUUACGAGGAUUGUAUUGUUGCGCUUUCUUCCAGAUAAUCGAAGACAUGGCACGAAUAUGGUUGUUGUUGGAUUUUCUGAUAUUAGUGUCUGCUGGUCAGAUCGUCUAUCCAGAUGAAUAUGUGAAGAUGACAGAUACGAGCCGUGCACCUAUCCUUUCAGGACAACCUGCUAAUUAUCCUGCUAGUUAUCCUGCGUUGCAAACAGUCAGCAAUAGCCAAUCAGUUCAGACAACUAAACAAUCCAUUCGAGAAUCCACUCUGCAAUCCGGGAUCGCACGUCUAGAACCGGCACGAUUUAAUCCCACAACUCAGCUACCUCUUAAUCCCUCAGUAAGUCCGAUAGCUAAUUCAACAGCUAGUCCGUCAUUGGAAAAUUGGAAUAAUCAUGUGAACGAUAUUAUAGCUAGAGGAAUCAUGAAGUUCUCUUUGGACUUGAAUAGAGCGAUUUUCAAUUCUGAAGGCGCAUUGGCUCAUCGUGAAAAUAUCAUCUUUUCUCCACUCAGCGUCGCUGUUGCUCUAUCAUUGGUCUUGUUGGGUUCUUCCGGCAGGACUUUUGAUGAAGUUUCGCGAGUGCUCGGUUUAGAAUCAGGUAUUGAUAUAUCCCAACACUCGGAAAUUGUUCAUCAAACAUUUGGCCAGUUGCUGGACUUGGCGAACUACAGGAUUGAAGGAAGCAAUAAACCGCGCAUAGAUUCUGCCAGUGGUGUUUUUGUUCAGGAGGGAUAUCCAAUUCGCCCUGAAUUUCUCGAGAUUAGCACAAAAGUCUAUAAAAGCGAAGUAAUAAAUUUAGAUUUUCAAAGAAAAAGCAAAGAAGCCGAGAAUAUAAUCAACAAUUGGGUAAGGAAUCGGACAAUGGGAAAGAUCAAUGGAAUAUUGACAGGCGCGCCCGAUCCGAGGACCAUGGUAAUUCUUUUAUCGGCACUCUACUUCAAAGGAGAAUGGAAUCAACAUUUCUUACGUGGUGCGACACGGAGAAGAGAAUUUUUCAUUGAACCGAAUGAUAAGAUCGAAGUAGAUAUGAUGUAUAACGGCGGUGAAUUUCCCUUUUACGAAGACAAACAAAUAGGCGUUAAAAUUUUGGCUCUACCUUAUAAAGGUUUAGAGAUGUCCAUGUAUAUACUUCUGCCGAAAGUCCAUGGGGCAACUGCUUUGAAAAAUUUUCAAGAUCAAUUAACAGUCGAAACUAUCGAAUACUUAAUAAGUAAUCUCAAGAACCAAACCUGUAUCAUCGGUCUUCCUCGAAUGAAACUCUCGAGUACGUUGACGUUGAAUAGUGCGCUUCAAAAUUUGGGAUUGCAGUCGUUAUUCGAUGCGAAAACUGCGGAUUUGAGUCUCUUAUCGAGCGGAUACGGUUCAACGGCUGUACCAAUUCCGUUAGCAGCCUCACCAAUUUCCCCGCAAAUUCCACGGCAAGCGGUUUCCAGCAAAACCGACGAAUAUCUGAUCUUUUCACGAAUGGGAGACCAGGGUGUGAGAACAAACUUUUUCAGGUACGAUGAUAAAGAGCGUGGCUUUAAUAUUGAACAAUGGAGCACAGGAUUUCAAAUUCACAAAAUUCGUAGAACACGUCGCAACGUUUUGGACAAAAAACGACACAACGUCACGUCAUCGCGAACGAUGUAUGUCACGGACGAGAAAAUCGCGCCGAAGACUAAUGACGAAGAUACGAAAUAUGUAAGUUUAGAGGAGAACAAGUAUCGUUUCCGAAACGCCGAGACAAAAACGAAGAGCAGAAGGAGACGGCAGAACCGACCUAUAGACGACAACUUCCUGAAAUUUAUGCAAAGCAAGAAUUUCCCAUCUUACGGUCUGGAUAAUAUUCGAAACAGCGGGACUCUCGUAAAUCCGGGUUUAUUCGCCGACGAGGUGCUACACAAGGUGGAGAUGGAGGUGACGGAAAUAGGAACGGAAGCUGCGGCGACGACUGGCGUAAUUUUACGACGAGACGGUAGUCAGAAGAAAUUAGUUGCCGAUAGACCUUUUCUCUUUUUCAUCAGACAUGAUCCCACGAAGCUCAUUCUUUUUUGGGGAACGGUUAACACACCAAUUCCAAACUACGCUGUUGUCAGAUGAAAUGAGCUGUGAAUGUUUCGCAUAAAUACAUAGAGUUCAUUUUUCUCGAAUAAUUUGUACGCAUACUGAGGAAAAAAUGAUCUUGAAAUAAAAAAAAUUUUAGUUAACUUAAGAAAGCUAUUUAUUCGGUGGGUACUG